CCUGCGCACCACGCCAGGGUCGAGCGGGGCGGCAGUGGGGGACAUCGCGCCUGCGCGCCACGCCACGCCCGGGGCGGGGGCUGAGUGGGGGCGCCGCGCCUGCGCAAAGCGGACCCGCGGACGGUGGCGCUAGGUACAUCUCCAUGAAUAACCUAAAUGAUCCCCCAAAUUGGAAUAUCCGGCCUAAUUCCAGGGCGGACGGUGGUGAUGGAAGCAGGUGGAAUUAUGCCCUGUUGGUUCCAAUGCUGGGAUUGGCUGCUUUUCGUUGGAUUUGGUCUAGGGAGUCCCAGAAAGAAAUAGAAAAAGAGAGAGAAGCCUACCGUCAGAGAACUACUGCUUUUCAACAGGAUCUGGAAGCCAAGUACCACGCCAUGGUCUCAGAAAAUCGGCGCGCUGUCGCUCAGUUGUCUUUGGAACUCGAAAAGGAACAAAACAGAACAGCUAGUUACAGAGAAGCCCUUAUCUCUCAGGGACGCAAGUUGGUGGAAGAAAAGAAGCUUCUGGAACAGGAAUGGGCCCAGGUGAUGCAAGAAAAAAGACAGGUGCAGCCUUUGAGAAGUGCGUAUUUGAGCUGCCUGCAAAAGGAGGAAAACUGGCAAAGGAGAGCCAGGCUUUUGCUGAAAGAAUUUGAAGCUGUUCUCACAGAAAGACAGAAUAUCUACUGCAGCCUGUUUCUUCCUCGCAGCAAGCGGCUGGAGAUAGAGAAGAGCUUACUGGUGCGAGCGUCCGUCGACCCCGUCGCCGCUGACCUAGAGAUGGCAGCCGGUCUCACCGACAUAUUUCAGCAUGAUACAUACUGUGGUGAUGUCUGGAAUACCAACAAACGCCAGAAUGGCAGACUUAUGUGGCUGUAUCUCAAAUACUGGGAACUAGUUGUCGAACUGAAGAAGUUUAAGAAAGUAGAAGAAGCCAUACUAGAAAAGUAAGACACGAGUGAAAUCAAACUGCUUUUAGUGACGCGAGGCCAGGCAGUCAUGCGCCUUCUGGGUCUCCGGCGUCUUCCGUUCCCGUGCUGCCCGUGUCAUGGCCACACCGUCACCCUUCAGCAGCAACCUCCACUCCCGCCACCCUCUGAGCAGAAGUGCACCAAAGCUUCAGAGACAGAGGGUCUCCACCCGAUGCUCUGCCGCUGUUGGGGAUGUGGUUUCUUGAAGCAUUUUUAAGCUGCCGCUAUUGCAUUAAGCAGAACCGUAUCACCUCGUAUUUUAGCUCCAGGGUAAAAAUGGUUUUUUAAAAAGUCAAAUACAAUACUGGUCCUUACCAGAAGUAAUUUUCUGUCUGUUUCAUCACUCCCUAAAUACUUUCUCCUCAAAUUAUUUUUCUCUGUCACCAGAUUACCUUAAGAAUUUGUCAGAUAAUGUGUAGAACUGCAUAACAGAUAAUAGAAAGUAGUAAUAUAUUAUCGAGGGUUUAUAUUUUAAAGAUCUCUCUCACUCCAUAAAGGGCAAAGAAACACCAAGUGUUUCUUGUAUCCAGUUGUUACCUAAUGUGUGUUUGGAAUUUGGCUUGUGUCUGUAUUCAGCAAGCAGAUAUUUAUUAGCAAUGAUAUAUACUCAAAAUACUUGCCAUUUAGGAGUAAUAAUGCCACUUUUUAUUUGUGUAAUUCUUCACUCUUUACAAAAUAUUUUUAUAUGUAUUAUCUCAUUGUUUACCGCAGCCGACAAGGUAGACAGGCACUUACCACCCCGUGUCACACGUAGCUUCUGGGAACUGAGCCUGUACACCUGCUCACUCAUGGAACCCUCAGUCGAAUCCUGUGAAGUGAGUAUUACUAUUAUUCUUUGUGGGGGUGCCCCAAGGCCAGCCCCCAGUUGCGUGACCUGCUGGGAGAUCUCACAAGACUCAGCACAGGGUUGUACUCAGCACAAAGCAGAAUCAGCAAAGGGAGAGGGUGUGUGGGUGGCGCUCAGAGGAGCCACGUGUGGACGCCCCAGGAUCCACUCCCUGGAGUCAUACAGGACACACCUAACUGUUAAGAAUAAGCUCACUGGAGACGCAGCACCCGGGGCUUUUGCUAAGGGCUGGUCACGCGGUACCCCCUGCCUGGCCUGUGUGGAAAUUCCUGACUUGUCCAGAAGGAGGGUGGGUUUGGUGUGGUCUGUACUGUGUGCACGAGCACUGUGGUCACAGAGCCACUCGUAGGAGUUAAUGGUGCUGGCAAGUCUCCCAGAAUCCGAGUUCCCAGAUGUCAGUCAAGGGCCAGCCUCUCGCACACAGGCCCUGGUAGGACACAGCCUUGGGCCUGCUGUGUGAAUUCAUCCCCACGCACCUCACUUUGCGGAGGCGUGGAAGAGCUAACCUGCCUGAGGUCACGCAGGUGGUGUUGGAGCCAGUCUGAGCCCAGACGCCUCUUCUCCAGAACCGCGCGUAACCUGUGUGCAGCGAGUUGAUAGUGUGCGGCCAGGCAGGAGUGGGGGCAGGGUUGUCCAUCUGCUUUCGAGGGCCGUCUGUGUGCAGUGAUUUGAUAGUGUGCGGCCAGGCAGGAGUGGGAGCAGGGUUGUCCAUCUGCUUUCGAGGACCGUGUUCUCCCCUCCUGCCUGUCUGUACAGGAAUAGGAGAAACUGUUAAAAACCCUAAGCUUAUAGAGCCCACGUGGCAGUAUGAGAGCCACUAUUCACGGAGCACAUGCUACACCCUGAGCUGUACGUGCUUUACACUCACGCGUUGUUUGAAAUCCUUGGAACCCCUUGAGCGCGGCGGAGGUGGGCUCAGAGCCGACAUGCGCUGCCUGCCACAGACACGGGCCUCCUGCCACACUCUGCUCUCGGCACCCACGCCCUGCUAAGGGUGCGCAGAUGCUUCUCUUCCUCAGUGGCUGCUAGCGUGCCUUUCUGCUCUACCACCAUCGCUGUAUCUGAGAAAAAGUCAUUUUUAUUUCAUUUUUUAUUUUUUUGAGAGGGAAUCGUCACCCAGGCAGGAGUGCAGUGGUGUGAUCUCAGCUCACUACAGCCUCCGCCUCCUGGGUUCAAACGAUUCUCCUGCCUCAGCCUCCUGAGGCUGGGAUUACAGGAGCGUGCUACCACACCCAGCUAAUUUUUGUAUUGUUAAUAGAGACGGGGUUUCACCAUGUUGGCCAGGCUGGUCUCGAACUCCUGACCUCAGGUGAUCCAUCGCCCCCACCUCGGCCUCCCACAGCGCUGGGAUUAUAGGCGUGGGCCACUGCACGCGGCCCCUAAAAAGUCAUUUUUUCGGUAAAUCUGGACAAAACUCUUCCUCUCGUUGUUUGUACUUCCUGAUGUGUGAGACCCCUGCAUAAAGAGCGGUGCAGGCUCCACAACUGCGGUGAUCCGGUCUGCUGGGUGUCCCUGUGUGAACCACUCUGUGUUUGUCUUUAAGUGAAGAAAAUACAGUCAGCUGCUUUGUAGGUGAAUGAUUUUGGAGGCAAAUUGUUAAUCCUCAUCCUGUUUCUAACGUCCAGUGUGCUAUCAGCCUAGCUUCCUUCUAUAGUGAGAUAGAUACAUGUUCAGAGCCUUCAAGCUGGUGUGGACACUGACCCACUGACCCGUGGUCCUGCAGAGUUAGGAAGACGAGCAUUUUUUUUUUGAGACAGAGUCUCGUUCUGUCGCCAGGCGGGAGUGCAGUGGCACAAUCUCGCCUCACUGCAAGCUCCGCCUCCUGGGUUCGAGUGAUUCGCCUGCCUCAGCCUCCCGAGUAGCUGGGACUACAGGCACCCGCCACCAUGCCUGGCUAAUUUUUGUAUGUUUAGUAGAGACAGGGUUUCACCAUGUUGGCCAGGAUGGCCUCAAACUUCUGACCUCAGGUGAUCCACCUGCCUAAGCCUCCCCAAAGUGCUGGGACUGCAGGUGUGAGCCACCGCGCCCGGCCGGAAGAUGCCCUUUCCAUAGGGUUGAUACUAGUUCGUGUUUGUGUGGCGUGGCUGCCUUCCAUCAGCAGGUUUGAGUGUUGAUGUGACGCCACCAUCUUUUGAAAUGGAUUGUGUUAGGUUUGGAAUAGUUACACAGUGCUGCGCCAUCUGGUAACGCCACAGAUGUACCGAAAGGUGAGCUCACAGUGGAACGCCCCUCAACCAAAGUGGUUUAAAGUUGCAAAAAAGGGAAAUGGUGCUGGUUGGUGUGUGCUGAAUUCGUAGCGACAUCAGAGUAAAGCAUUAUUUGUCCUGCUGCUUCCUUGGAGGUCACAGUAACUAUAAAACCGUGAGCCAGCAAGGCAGGGAGGACCCUUCGGGGUAAGGAGUGGAGCUCUGGGAGGUCCUAGGUUUCGGAACCAGGUCCAGGUUCCUCGGGGAGAGGAGGGCUCGCUGCAGGGCGGAGGAGGGGCGGCCACUGUAAUCCUUGUCCGUAGUGAACAUUGCGUAUGAGGUUGCAGUGGCUUAAAAAGGAAGGACUUUUCGGGGGAGGUGUUGAGAUUGCACUUUCUAAUUUCACUUGCGUCAGACUUGACUUUGGAAUGAAGUUCGAAAGCAUCACAAUCGACCUGGAUGUUCCAAAAACAAAACUGAAGAGGCAGCAUUUCUCUUCCAUAGUCCAGUCAGCUCAUUUGGUAGAUGCGCUUUUUCCUCAUCCAUAAGGAUAUAUAAUUUGCGUAUAUAUUCCACAUGUGUGCAUAUGUGUGUGUAUGUGUGAACUGGCAGGUGUUGAUUUCAUAAGGACAAAAUUGUUCUGCAAACUUGCACCAAUUAGGGGGUGUUUCAACGGAAAAACUUCACCAAAUGAUCUGUGUGUUCGUUAAAAGAGAAGUUAUGUCUAAUUAAAAUGUGUAACGGAC